AUGGCGGCUGUUUACAAAUCGAUAUCGAAGGCGACCGGCGACAAAGCCGACGAGAAGAAUGGAGUGCGCAAGAACAAGCAAAGGGUGCUGAUCCUCUCCUCGAGAGGUGUAACGUAUAGGCACCGACAUCUCCUCAAUGAUCUUGCCUCCAUGCUUCCUCACGGCAGGAAAGACUCCAAGUUUGAUUCCAAGUCGAAGCUGUACCAGCUCAACGAGCUUGCCGAACUUUACAACUGCAACAACGUACUCUUUUUCGAGGCGAGGAAGGCCCAGGAUCUCUACAUGUGGAUGGCAAAGGUCCCCAAUGGCCCCACCGUCAAGUUCCAUGUCCAGAACCUACACACCAUGGAGGAACUUCACUUUGCCGGAAACUGUCUCAAAGGCUCCAGGCCCAUCCUCUCGUUCGAUGCCGCCUUCGACCACGACCCUUACCUCCAACCCUUUAUCGAUCACGUCCUCGGCUUCACAUACCUUGACGGAAAGAUUUGGGUGCGCAACUACCAGAUCAACGAGGUCGAUGAGACGGUAGCAGAGGGCGACGAAGUCCCCGCGGAGAAGAAGCAGAAGAAGUCAAAGCUUCCGGGAAGCAACACGGACAUCAACCUAGUCGAAAUCGGGCCACGGUUCGUCCUCACGCCGAUUGUGAUACAAGAGGGUUCCUUUGGCGGGCCUUUGAUCUAUGAGAACAAGGAGUUUGUUUCUCCUAACCAAGUCAGGUCGGAUCUCCGGAGGCAGAAGAUGGUGAAGCACACUGGCAGGGCGGAGCAAGUAGUAGAAAGGCAAGCCAAGAAGCGAAACUUGGGAUUACGGUCGGAUGGUGAGCAGAAGCCAAGGGAUGAGCUUGAUACCAAGAUGCUGUUUGCGUAG